GUAGAAGGCAGAGGUGUUACCCACUACACUAUACCAACCAACAUUGGUGUGUCAUUUCAUCAUAAUCCUUCAUGAACUAAUCUCAUAAAAAAACUAUAUAAUUGCAGCUUCUUUCUAUUUUUUUUAUUGCUAAUUGUCAACUAAUCCCAGUUGUGGAGCUUGAAUGGAUUUUCAUUAAAUGGAUUUAUUGGAUAAUGAUGAAUAAUUCCUGCCUGGCGCUGCUCUGAGGCUCUGCUCCCAAACUGUACUGCAGUCACAGCCACGGAUGAGGCCGCUGAUGGGACGAUAUAGAGGCCAGAAUGUUCUGGAAUCACUGGAGCAGCCAGUAGACACCCAGAAUCAGAGGAUACAGUAGAGUUUUGACUGUAAUGAAAGCCACGGAUGAGGCCGCUGAUGGGACGAUAUAGAGGCCAGAAUGUUCUGGAAUCACUGGAGCAGCCAGUAGACACCCAGAAUCAGAGGAUACAGUAGAGUUUUGACUGUAAUGAAUAUUAAAACAUUAUUUACAAAGCACUUUUCGUUUAAGUUCAGUUUUAAAACUGCUUUGCUCAGGAAUUUUAGUACAGCACAAUUACAAACAAUUGCAGUUUAUGUAUAUGGUGAUCUAAACAAAUAUAUAAACCUGUUUACAGAAUUGAGGAAUGAGUGCGGACCCCCCUGUGUCAGUGAUGGUACGUUCCUAGGGAAGAGAGGUAUGUUCCUCUGUAGAACUGCAGUAAAUAAACCGGAGUCAGAUUAUAAAACACCGUUUUUAUGGUUUCUCUUGUGACUGUCCAGGAUAAAGAGUUGCUGAGGGUUUUGACCAGGCACAGCGUGUUUGGUGACACAGUUUAGUAAAGAUGUCUUGUGUUAAAGAGGAAUGUGAGGACAUCAGCAUCAUGGAGGCAUCUAGACUGAAGACAGAAGACAAGAAAGGAACAGUUUUACAAGAAGAUAUUAAAGAGGAGUUCAAACUGGAAGUGAAGCCAUUUGUGGAAGAAUGUACUGCACAGAAAUCUGACCAAACCGCUCAGCAUGAAAGAAGCUUCAGUGAUUCCUCCCAACAGAGAGAUCCCCUGAGAAUUCAUACUGGAGAAGAAGCUUUCAGCUGUUCACAGUGUGGAAAGAGUUUCACUUCUGAGAGAGCUCUGAAACGCCACAUGGACGUCCAUGAAGGAACGAGACCUCAUCAGUGCUCUCAGUGUGAGUGGAGCUUCAAAAAUGUAUCACAUUUAAGAAAACAUGAAAAGACUCAUACUGGAGAAAAGCCGUUCGCCUGCUCCGAGUGUGGAAAGGGCUUUUCAAAAUCAAGUGACCUUAAAAUCCACAUGAGGAUUCACACUGGGGAAAAGCCCUUCACCUGCUCUGAGUGCGGAAAAGGCUUUUCAGUGCCAAGCUACCUCAAAACUCACAAGAUGAUUCAUACUGGAGAAAAGCCUUUUACCUGCGUCCAGUGUGGGAAGAGCUUCUUGACCUCGGCCCACUAUAAAAUCCACAUGAUGAUUCAUACCGGAGAGAAGCCUUUUACCUGCUCUGAGUGUGGAAAAGGUUUUUUAAUGUCGAGCCACCUUAAAACCCACAUGAUGAUUCAUACUGGAGAAAAGCCUUUUACCUGCACUCAGUGUGGGGCAGGUUUCACCACGACAAACGCUUUAGCAGGUCACAUGUUCGUACAUACGGGAAACAAACCUCAUCAGUGCCCGCAGUGCGGGAGGAGCUUUGUGCGGUUUUCCGAGUUGAAGGUGCACCAAAGGAUUCACACUGGAGAAAGGCCUUAUAUCUGUUGUCAGUGUGGGAAGACUUUUCGAAUAAAGAGAAACUUCAAAUUCCACAUGAUGAUUCAUACCGGAGAAAAGCCGUUUUCCUGCUCCGAGUGCGGAAAAGGGUUUUCAAGCGCGAGCCACCUGAAAGCCCACACCAUGAUUCAUACCGGAGAAAAGCCUUUUACCUGCACUCAGUGUGGGAAGAGUUUUUUAACGUCAACACACUACAAAACCCACAUGAUGAUUCAUACCGGAGAAAAGCCGUUCACCUGCUCCGGCUGCGGAAAGCGUUUUUCCAAAUCGAGCGACGCUAAAAGACACAUGAUGAUUCAUAAUAGAGAAAAACCUUUUAUCUGCUCUGUGUGCGGAAAAGGUUUCUCAAAAACAAGCCACCUUAAAGCCCACGUAAUGAUUCACACCCGGGAACAGCUCUUUACCUGCUCUCAGUGUGGGAAGACCUAUAAGAGAAGGAAAGCCUUUGACAAUCACAUGACGGUUCACACAUAAUGAAGCGUCUACCUGUAAUCAGUGUGGAGAGAGAUUCCCAGCACUGUCCAUCAUGAAGGUCCAUAAAGGAGAAAAAUCUUUGGAUUAAGUGGGACACUCUUAAAAAGACGGUUCUUUAGGGGUUCUUCAGUAAAAACAAUGGGCCUCAUUCUCAACCAUUCAUGUUCAAAAUGGUAACAAACUGUCUGUUGAAACUCAGUUCUAAACAGUGGUGGGGUUAGGGUUAGGAUUUGGACCAGGGUUAGGGCUAGGACCAGGGUGAGGGUUGGUUUCGGUUUUGGGCUAAGUUUAAGGUUAGGGCUAGGACCAGGGUGAGGGUUGGGUUAGCUUUGGGUUGAGGUUAAGGUAGAUUAGAGCCAGGUUUAGAGAUAAGAACAUUAUGGUCAGUUUAAUAGAUAUUCAAUUGAAUGUAACUUGAAGGUAAACUAAGUAUCUACAAAGCGUCUAAAGUGGACUAUCCAAAUAUCCAAAGUGUUACGAGUGUAUCCAUACCAAAAUGUAUCCGUUUGCUGCUGUUUAUUAUUCUUCUUGGAAACAAACACUGAAGCGGUGAAGAGCGGCACUUUAUGUCCACAACAGUCCGACCCCCCAUUAUGAAACUUGAAAAGGGACGUAAUAAGUUGAAGAAGUUCUCUGGAGAUUUCACACUUGACCAGACGUACCGAACUCACAAGCAAGUGGACCUGGGUCUGGAGACAAGGUGAAAACUGUCUUUUUUAGGACCUUUCACAAGAACAAAUUUAGGAAAAGACUUGGAAGAUAGUGGUGAAUGAAGGCCCAUUGGUUCUAUAUAGAGCCAUGAACUAUGAACAUUUCAAGAGAGUUCUAUAUAGAACCACGUUGUACACGGUUCUAUAUAGAACUCCUCUGAAAAUGGUUGCUUGACAUUGGAAAAUAGAAGAACCCUUUUCGGUGCUAUAUAGAACCAUAUUCAGCACAUUUCUCCAUUAAUUUGAAGAAUUAAUGAAGAAUUUGCUGUUUGUGGUUCUAGAUAGCACCAUAGU